CUUCCCCGCGUUACCACGUCAAGCUCCCGAUGGAGGUAGCGCUGUUUCCAGCAGGCACAGGGACGUCUUAUCGCUGUUGAUCUUUCUAUCUAUCUCAGCCUAAAUUUGAUCUUUAAGUGUCUUUAACAAAAUGUGGAACAGAUACCCAGUGGUCGAAACCUCAGCCCAGAGCCCGGAAUCUUAGCCGCCUUGGAAGGGGAAUCCCGCAGCCGUUGUUUUUCUCUUUUCCGGUUGUGUUCAGCUCGGUUUUUAUGAAAAAACUGGUUUACUUCGACAAGCCAUGGCGGGAUCUGUCUAAAGAGGACCCAACCUAACCCUCCCGUUUGGCACUUCUUUACUUCUGUUUUUAUUACACUUCACAUAUUUCUGGCAAGCACUGCCUGUCUUUGUGGUCACCAUGGCAGAUAAAGCCAGUCUGGGAGCGCCGAAGUCUGGCACUCGGUCCACCACGUCGCUUCCCCCCGACCCCAUCGAGAUCAUCCGGACCAAGGCCCGAACCAGGAGGGUCCGGAUCAAUGUCGGGGGCCUGAACCACGAGGUGCUUUGGCGGACUCUCGAUCGGCUGCCCAGGACACGGCUUGGCAAGCUCCGGGACUGCAACACCCACGAGUCCCUCAUGGAGGUCUGCGAUGACUACAGCCUGCUGGAGAAUGAGUACUUCUUCGACCGGCAUCCGGGGGCAUUCACGUCUAUCUUGAACUUUUACCGAACGGGAAAGCUCCACAUGAUGGAGGAGAUGUGCGCCCUUUCUUUUGGCCAAGAGCUGGAUUACUGGGGCAUUGACGAGAUCUACCUGGAGUCAUGCUGUCAGGCACGCUACCACCAGAAGAAGGAGCAGAUGAACGAAGAGCUGAGGAGGGAAGCAGAGACCCUGAAGGAGCGGGACGGGGAAGGCGAGUUUGACGACAGCUGUUGCCCAGAGAAGAGAAAGAAACUCUGGGUCCUUCUGGAAAAGCCCAACUCCUCAGUUGCUGCUAAGAUUCUGGCCAUCAUUUCCAUCCUGUUUAUUAUUCUGUCUACCAUUGCACUGUCCCUCAACACUUUGCCUGAACUGCAGGUGACAGAUGACUUUGGCCACACUAACGAUAAUCCCCAGCUCGCACAUAUCGAGGCUGUGUGCAUCGCGUGGUUCACCAUGGAAUACCUCUUACGCUUCCUCUCCUCACCAAACAAGUGGAAAUUCUUCAGAGGGCCACUCAAUGUCAUCGAUUUGAUAGCCAUAUUACCGUACUACGUCACAAUAUUCCUGACUGAAUCCAACAAAAGUGUACUGCAGUUCCAGAACGUUCGGAGAGUGGUGCAGAUAUUCCGUAUCAUGAGAAUUUUGAGAAUCCUGAAGCUGGCCAGACAUUCAACUGGUCUCCAGUCACUGGGAUUCACCCUCCGACGCAGUUACAAUGAACUUGGCUUGCUUAUACUCUUCUUGGCGAUGGGAAUAAUGAUAUUUUCGAGUCUUGUAUUCUUUGCAGAGAAAGACGAAGAUGACACAAAAUUCACAAGCAUCCCAGCUUCAUUCUGGUGGGCUACCAUCACCAUGACAACGGUGGGUUAUGGAGACAUUUAUCCACAGACACUGCUUGGGAAAAUAGUGGGCGGGCUCUGCUGCAUUGCGGGUGUGCUGGUCAUAGCUUUACCCAUCCCCAUCAUCGUGAAUAACUUCUCAGAGUUCUACAAGGAGCAGAAACGUCAGGAGAAAGCCAUCAAGAGAAGAGAGGCGCUGGAACGAGCCAAACGCAACGGCAGCAUCGUGUCCAUGAACUUGAAAGACGCCUUCGCAAGAAGCAUGGAGCUGAUGGACGUAGUAGUGGAGAGAAGUGAUGAUAAACCUUCACUAGACAACCACCUCUCGCUCAGCAGGUGGAGUUUUCCCAAGCGCACAAGCUCUGACACCAGCUUGAGGUCUUUUGACAAAAGAUGUCCAGAAAGCAUGCAACUGGAACCACGAGAGUGUGUGAAAUCCUCCAGUCCACAGCACCUCAAUGCUCAGAAACUGGAGGAGAUGUAUCAACAGAUGACCUGGACACAGUCGCUCUCGGAUCUCAGCACAGUGUCGACUCAGCUCGCUGGUGAGACAAAAGAGGAGGUGGAGAUAGAGAUGAAAGAUGUCCCAUCCAUGGCUGAACCUCCACCCAAGGAAGGAAACAUCACGGAUAUACAGAUUAAAAGUGUCGACAGCUUUGCCAGUUGUACUGCUGGACAUGGAGGGGUUGAUAUGUCACUCCCACUUCUCACGACAGCAUCUCAGUUUCUGCAAAGACAACCUGAAGUGCCUGCAAGUGCUGAUAUCCAGCAGCUCACACCGUCCGACACAAGCGUACCUGGCAUAGCAGAGAAUGACCAGUCUGAGUAUGCACCUGACAACAAAUCCAGAACCUGCGCACCAUCUCGGGAGGAUGACGGGUGCUUUGUUCAGUUUGUAGAUGGUUCCAGGAGUUUCACAGAAGGCACAAAUCCAGCUAAGACGAAAGGUCUCGAAAUAAAUGUCAUACAAAGUCCUGAUGAAGUUCCUCUCACACCGCCCAGUACUUCCUCACCUCAGGAUAACAGCAGCAGUCUCUUGGAAGACGAGUCCCCUCAGAGAGAGUGUUCUCCCCUCUGUUCCGAUUCAGAGCCACUGGCAGUCAUCCCAGAGGAAGGUUUAGUCCACACCCCAAAGCUGCUGGCUAUUGACUACCAUCCAGAGGAGACUGUGAUGCUCCUAGGAGAACCGCAGGGGGGAGAGGCGGAGCAGCCAGAAGAGGAGGGAGAACAGCAGGGGGAGGAGGUGGAGAGAAAUCUCAUGCAGAUGGCCGGGGCUGCAGACCUGACACCCAAACGUCCUCCACAGAACUCCAGUCGGGAUGUAGCCGGUGAUCGCGGAGAGAGCAAACCAGACAGCAACCAAAGUGGACACAAGGUGGAGAACCACAUGUUUACGCCAGAGAUCCAUCUACUGCCAGAAGAUGGCAGUCUUUCACCAACCUGUGAGACCAGCAUGUGACUGAGGCCACUGGAAACUGAGAGACAGAAGGGCAUAGAGGUGUGGUGAUAGGGGAGAUAGUUUGCAUGGCAUGAAAAGUCUGUUUUAAUAGUCUCAUUGUCUGUCACAAACAAUGAAGGAGACUUGUGGAGGAUGUGGGUGGAAAAAAAACCAAGAUCAUCUAGAGAGUAUUUAUUCAACAAUGAAGAGAUUGCCAACAUAACUAUACAUCUGAACUUUGUUCGUUCUACUUCAGAGCAACCAUGAGUCAUCCUGAGGGACACAUCCUGAAAUACAUGCAUUGAAAAGUGUAAUUUUACGGUGCUUAGAUUGCUGAAAGCCCUAUGAGGACUAUGAUAGAGACAUCGCACUUAGCCACAGAGGACAUGAUAGAUGCCAGAAGGUAUUACAUUCAGCUAAGAGGAAAUAUCGUGUUUCAAAGACGAAAGAUCAGUUGCAAAAUAGCAACAUACUGAAACAUAUCAUUAGGCUACUCUUCACAAAAUGUGUACCAUGACAAAGAUGUCUCUCUCUCUUUUUGUUAAGGUUUAAGCAUAGUCUGGAUUUUUAACAAUUUUGUUCAGAACUAGUACUUGGCUAUUCGAUUUAAUGUCAUUUACCAAACACUUGGACUUAAUGACCAGAAGUAAAUGACCAGAAGGUAAACAAAUGAUAUCAAGUGAGGUAUCUGUAAUUCCCAAAUUAGAACAAUCAGAACAUGUUAACAGGUUAGAGGUAGACCACACUGUUAGGGGGAAUUCUUAGAUUAGAAGUAUUAGCUAAAGUUAAAAUGGCACUUAAAGGCCCCAGUCAUGCCUUAACAUGGUUUAUGGCUCAAAUGUACAGUGGCAGUACACUACAGACCUAGUUGCUUGCGAGUAGAGUGUCAAUAUUUAUCAAUAAAUAACCCAGCAAAUGAAUAAAUAGUUCUGGUCAUUAAAUCUUGCAUAUGAUGUUCACAUUAUUUUAUUUUCUUAUUCAAAUAUUAGUCAGACAGUAAGAAAUAAUAUUACUUGUUAAAGGACCAAAAAGGCAUACCAUUGAAUUUUCCUCAUGUUCACUGAAAUACAUGUAGAACAAAAUUCAGAUUUAAGUUUCCAUGGUUUAUUUUAUAGUUAUUCAUCGAUUAUAAGCAUUACGUUCAGAUUAGAUGGCAUUGCACUCACCUGUACUCAUUUGUCUUGGCUGCAACUCAAAUUUGAUCCAGUCCUGUCAGUAAUCAAGAGUAUCAAAUAUAGUUUGAACUGUGAAUUUAGUGUUAUUGUGUGAACCAAGCUGAUUUUAAACUUAAGCCCAAAGUUCUGUUUGACACCUUUUGUCACAUAAAAACAAUACUUUAUUUUGCCAUUAUUUUAAUACUGC